CAGAACACCCAAGUGUUUACCUCCGCUCCCAAGUCCCAAGAUGGCUGGCACAAGAAGUGGAAAGUUGUUUUUAGAUAGCACAGUAUUCUUCAUGUGCGAUAUGCAAGAAGACUUUCGCCGAUUUAUUGCAUAUUUUCCAGAUAUUACAACUGUGGCCAAGAGAAUGGUUGAUUCAGCCAAGAUCCUUGACAUUCCUGUGCUCGCCACUGAGCAUAAUCCUCAAGGACCCCUUGGUCCAACAGUCGAGGAUAUCGACACAAGCUUUUUCAAGGAUAAUAUUUUCCCAAAGCACACUCUUUCAAUGCUUGGGUGUGAGGAAUUUGCCAAUAAAUUUCACAAGAUGUCUAAAAAUGUCAAGGCUGUGGUACUGUUUGGUGUCAUGGCAGAUAUCUGCAUUUUCAACACUUCUCUAGAUCUUGUAGAUGAAGGUUUUGAUGUGCAUGUCGAUGCUGAUGGAGUGUCAUCAAAACAUAACUGUGAAAGGAUGAUUGCUCUGGAGCGCCUUCGUCAGAGUGGAGUGUUUGUGUCCACAAGCAAGUCGAUCCUGUUACAUCUAAUGAAGGACACAUCUUUGCCAUUCUAUGAGGAAGUCCGUCUCCUGGCAAACAAUGCCCCCCCAGACCAAGGCUUGAUAAAUGCACAGUAAUGUCUUAAACACAUUGAUUCAAGUGAAAAAAGUAGACUAUUUGCUAACACAGCUAGUUACUAUUACCCCCUAAGUGGCAUAACAAUCAGGGUAUCCCUCAAAAUAAUAAAAGGAUAAAUAAUAUAGCCUUGCUGACGAAUUAGACGUGAUAAUUUAGACACUGAGACAUAUUUCUAGUUGACUGUUUGAAUAUCUCGCGAGUGAUUGGUCGGAACAAACAUUCCAUACAUAUUUCCGGUGUUCACAGUUUUCUUGGUCGCGCUGUAAACCCAAGGGGAGCCAGUUUGAUGUGGCCAUCAGAAUUGGUUCAUUUACUCAUUUACCUAUUCAUAUACUAGAUAGAAAAUUUUACACAAAUUAAGAUUAGUUCAUGUCCAGAGUACAUGAAGAGUCUUAAUAUAAAAUGACUAGUACACCAA